AUGGAUUCUAGCCAAAGCGCAGCCUCGGCAGAAGCACUACUCAACCACGGCGUAAUGUGGAGCCCUGAUGAUGAUCCGUUGUUAUUAUCAUCACCACCCAUGUCGAGCAAUUUCCGUCGGUCCCACGCUACCACCACCUCAACGGCUGCUGCUGACGACUUUGAAUUUGUGGAGCAAGACGAUACUGGAUUAUCUUUGCCGCAGCACAAAGUAGAGGGUGACUAUUACGAUAAUGAACAGCAACAGGAUGUAGCGGCAAAAGAUCAACAGCAACAACCCAUGACCCUUCGCGUUUUGUUUAUGGGCAACUCGCUUUCGGACAGACACAAGACCAGCGUGCUGAAGAGAUUUGCCGAAGCCAUUGCAUUCAUGGCCCCACGACGACACUAUCCUCCUUAUUUUGGCAAUACUACAGCACUGUAUCCCGAUACUCAUAGCAAUGACAAUGACAACAACAACAACAACGAUACCUUGAUGAUGAUGGCAAAGUUCCAGGAACGCAAACAUCACAUUGUGUUUCUUGACGCAUUCGACUGUGAGCCCAUUGAAACAUACGAGGAUAACGGUCUAAGUGUAAUAGAAGCCGAUUUUACAUGGUCAUCUGACGAGAAUACGAGUAAUACUAGUAGUAGUAGUAGUAGUAGCUCUUCGUUUCUCCACCAGCAGCAACAGCAACAACAACGACGACAACGCCGUUUACGAGACUAUGUUGAUCAUUACGGACAAAAGAUCGAUCUGGUCGUUUAUUUCUACAGCAGUCAUUCGGCUGCGAUGCAUCAUCAGAUUCUUGAUCAAGAAAUGCAACAUUUGAAACACAUCAGCGUUGAUUGCAGUAUUCCCACGUGGCCUAUCUUGGUGCACAGACCGCAUGAACGCGCAGCAUCAGGAGCCAGUGGUGGUGGUGGCGGCAGUAGCCGUAACACCAGCCGACCUAGUACACACAAUACGUAUCGCACGGCCUCGCCACGAUCCCCUACACCAACAACAACAACAACAGCUGGAACAGCAUCAUCAUCAUCAACAAGAUCACAAUCGAAACUCAACAAUAAUGAGUUACUAAUGGCAGCAGCAGCAGCAGCAGUAGUGACAGAUGAAGUGGAUCCACUUAGUCUUCGACAAAGCUUCUCGGAACAGUUGAUUCGACAUAACGUCAAGUGCGUUGACUUGCCUGGUAUUAAUCCGGAACGGCCCAAGUUUCUGGGAAGCAACAACAACACAAAUAGCAGCAACAGCAAAAGUAGUAGCCGUAGCAGUAGUAAGAGCGGCAGCAACGGCGACAACCAUGAAAAUACACAAGAGCAACUGGAUAUCAUGACGGUGGACCAGUUUAAUACGAUUGACAAAAAAGAACUGGCACGUAUGUUGAAACGAUGGCAAAAAGCAGCCACGCAAAGCAGCACUACGAUCACACGGCGCGGUGGCAGUCACCAAGAGCAGCGUGGCAAACGCCUUUCACGAGGCAUAUGGGUAAAUGAUGCCGAAACAAGGAAAAUGGGCUUGAUAGGUGCGCAAAUGUUAUUGCUGCUGGCCGUACUCGUGGGAGGACUACUUUACGAUUGGGGCCAGCAUCCUACUAGAGAAGGAGGCAGCAACGAUCAGGAUGGUGACAUGAUGGGAAAGGAAACAGAGAAUGUGACCGUCGAACUACAUCCCAUGUGGAAUAUCGUGGAUCAAGAGACUUUACGACACAUGUUUAUGGUUCAAGUCCCUGCUGCUCUUUUGAUUGGAAAGGAGCAACAACAACAACAACAACAACAACAACAACAACAACAACAACAACAACAACAGAACUUUUCAGUAAUCCUGGAUCAAUACGAUCAAUUACGCGAAUAUCCGAUGGGGUACCAACGUUAUGACGACACAGUACAGAUCUACUACUAUGCGGUAGACGUACCAUCACCGUGCUUACUCAACAGCCAUCAUGAUUUCAUUGCAAACGUACUUUGGUAUCGCCAAGAAUCUGGCUAUGAUGAUACUGAAUCAAAAGGACAGCAAGCGCCACAGCCGUUAUUGGUUGACCGCGUGGAAUUGACAAUCGAAGCAUGCGAUCCAGUCUCUGUCACCAAGCAUGUGGCAGAUCAAGCACGAUGGAUGUGUGGGUUGGAAGACGGAUUAGCAUUAUCGACGGUGCUGCAGUAUCCGCAAAACGCAAAGGGGGCUUGGAGAAUGUACAUUACCUCGCUCAAACUUCAAAUACAUGCAAUGUGGCUAGCUUUGACGUCAUUAGCCGAAACAUUUGGAUUUUAA